AUGGCGCUCCGCUUCUUCGCCCUGUUCUCCCUGGCCGCCGCGCAGAACCUCCGGGGGGACUCAGUCACCUGCACAGGCGAGGGCAGCUUGCCCAUCGGGGAGGCCAAGUGCUUCGGCGGAGACCUGCUGGUCGAGAAGUUCCUGCUGCACGUAGAGAGCUUCGACGGCAAAGUGGGCGUGGUGAAUAUGAAGGCGGAGGGCCCGCAGGAGGGUGUUUGCAACGGCGCCCAGUUCCAGAGCGAGGACAACCUCUUCACUGUGGAGAACGACAACAACUGCGGCUUGACAGCUUUGGGCUACGACUACACGGUGCAGUACUGCCCGAACCAAGACCAGAUGAUCGUCCACCUGGUGAAGCCCGUGAAUGUGCGUGUGGUGCUCCAGAGCCAGAGCUGCCCCGAGACGGAGGUCUGA